CGGCCGUAGUCGCGGUCGCACGUCACUGCGCGCUCGCUCCUCGCUCCGCACUCGAUCGCGAAAAACUUUUCUGUGUGGUGUAACGUAGCAAUUUUCACGAACACAAACAUGAACAAGAUUUUUUUGUGUUGUGAUUUAUAUUUUGUUGUGUAGAGACUGAUUUGUCGUAAGAGUGUUCUGAAGAGGCUAAUUACAAGUCGCUAGGCUAAUUGGCGGGGCCGGCGUUUCAUGAAGUGCGAGAGGCGCACGCCGCAGCAAACAAGCGGCGGUAGUCCAGGCUCGGGAGUGCCAGGAGGCCCGCACAUGUUGGCGAUGGACGUCACCAAGGAGGCGCGCGCCUCGCCGCUGCCGGCCUCCGCGCAACCGCCCAGUUCGGCGCCCGCGCAGCAGCCGCCACAGCCGCAGAUAUGCGCCGGGUGCAGCAAGGUGAUCACGGAGCGGUAUCUGCUCAAAGCCCUGGAUCAGCUGUGGCACGAGGAUUGCCUCAAGUGCGGCUGCUGCGACUGUCGGCUUGGUGAAGUCGGUCAUACGCUCUACACGCGCGCCAACCUCAUCCUAUGCAAGAGGGAUUAUUUGAGGUUGUUUGGCAACACUGGCUACUGCGCGGCGUGCAAUAAAGUGAUCCCCGCGUUUGAGAUGGUAAUGCGCGCGCGCAGCAACGUCUACCAUCUCGAGUGCUUCGCAUGCCAGCAGUGCAAUCACAGGUUCUGCGUGGGCGAUCGAUUCUACCUGUGCGAGAACAAGAUCUUGUGCGAGUAUGACUACGAGGAACGGCUGGUGUUCGCAAACAUGGCGUACAACCCGCCGCCGCUUGCGCAUCUCAAGCGGCAGACCACACACCUGCCACCACCACCGCAAUCUAGCAACGCGAUGGGCGCUCUGAUGAACGGCUCCAGCCGCUCCGGCGACCUGAACAACAACAUGUCGGGCUCCUCCCCCGCUCCCUUCGCGGCGCCCCCGCACCUCAAGCCCCUCGGACUCUCUGCGUCCAGCUGAGACUACCGCGCAUGAGACGCGUUCCACCCUUACGCCAAGUAUCAGAACUGAUCACGAGGAGUAAAUGAACAAUAACACGCAAUGUGACAUGAUCGUUUAUCGAAAAAGGACGUUCUAAGUGUUUUUAUGUAUCAUAGUUGUAAUAAAUGCAAAGUAAAUGCCAAACUAUAGCUACAAUUUCAUUGUUUACGUGUUUAAAAUAUUAACCAUCUUUUUCAUUUAUGUACAAUUUUAUGUAAAUAGUUCUCUUUUAGUUUAUAUUAUCUCAGAAUUUGAUCUCAAAUGGGCAAUUUUGAUAAAUUAGGUAGUGGAAAAAUAUUGUGUAAGGGAAUAGAGACGUCGUAGGAACUGUGCCCUCUAAUUAAUUCGUGAGGUUUGGAGUGUAAAGCUGAGUUUACAUUUGCGCGAUGACGAUUUACAACGUGUAUUGGAUGUGUGAUACAAGUGUGAAUUCAGCUUUAUAGAGUGGGUAAAAGACUGCAGUGGAUCAUCGUGAAGAAUGUACUGUAUUGUAGUGAGUUAAUAAAUGUUAUUGUAAAUAUUUUAUAUUAUUCUAGUGUACCAUUGUACAAGUAACUAUGUCCCAUAAUUGAUGUGUUAAUCGAUCAAAUUAUAAUUCAUUUUCUUGUGAAAUGUUUGGCGAUGUUAUUAUAGAUUUAUUUCUACGUGCAUUUUUACUGUAAUAUUCCUGUCGUGUUCUGACGAAGUCAUAAUUUGUAUCAAACGUCGUCGACGUAUUUCAAUUUUAGCUCCAUCGUCAAACAGUUAGAAUGUAUAGAGUUAUAUAUAAAUGAACUUUAAAAUGUAAACAACUUCACCUAUUAUGUAUUUAAUAAUAACGUAAUUCGAUCUUUGCAAGGUUAUUUCAACGCUGAUCGUUUUUAAUAAGCGGUGACUCUUAGGGUUGCCACACCUGCUUUAUAUAGAAUACAUCUUUAGUAAUUACUUUGUCGAUCGAUAUAAGAUAUAAUGUUUUCAUAGAAAUAAAAUAUUAUUUCUGGCAAAAUUGACAGCCCUACGUUAACCUGUUGCCCACAUUACGGGCCAACUUAUUCCAAAGUUGAAAAGGUUUAUUCAACUUUUAGCCGAUUUAUAUAGUUUAUAUGAAACUUGCUGGAAUCAUAUUAUUUGAUGGAAAUAACUAUUCGAAUGUAUACUUUAUUUACAUAGUGUUUUGGCACUUUUCUAGCACUUUGUUAUUUCGUUUUGUACCUAUUCUAUAAGCUGUUAAGUUUAUUAUAAACAUUGUUACGAUGUUUGUAUUAUUUAUGUAAAUAAAUCAACUAUGAUUAGAUUAUUAUAUGAUAUGCAUUGAAUAUAAAAUAUUUGAAUUAACUAGUGAAAUGUAAUAUGUGUUGACAGAUACAUAAUUGAUGUACGUGCUGAAUAGUUCAAAUUAGUUUUCUUAGUGAUAUUUUAAUGUCUUAACAUGUUUCGAAUGUUAGUUAUUCAUUAUGUGCAGUUGCCAAUAUCUUACAAUAUCGAUAAUCAUUUAAGAUGACGUUGUCUAUGCAUUUAUAAUGUGAAAAUCAUAAUUAUUCUGAUGUCUGCAUACAGCAUUAAAGUCAAAAAUAUUGUAUCGCUUUGCUACGUCUAUAAGUGAAUUGUAAAAUGUUUGUAUUAUAAUGUAUUGCCGAUGAAAUAAUAGUUAAAUUUUAGUUGGCGACUGUACAGUGUCAAGCAUUCCUGACGAUGCGUGGUUGCUUAGUAAAUCUUCAACACAUUUGUAUAAAUAUGAAUGUGUCGGAUUCAUUUUAACCAAUGAUAUGACCAAAGAUGUAGUCCAUUAAAUCCUUGUUCAAACAGUA